AUGCCUGGCCCCGACUUCCAGCAACAGCCUCCCAUGGAGAUGGGUCCCGGCCCUGGUGGCCCCGGCGUUGUCAGCCAGCCUCCCCCCAUGGAGCCCCAGCCCGACAUGGAACUCCGCGGUGGUGAGGAGGCCGGCUGCGAGAUCUGCUGCGGUCUCUGCGCCUGCCAGGAGGGUUGCUGCUAA